AUGACCACGUCGACGUCUACAUCGACGAGUACGGUCUCGUCUACUUCGGUUCCCCCGUGCCCCGGAGGAGUCGUCUACACAUGUCUAUUGGGAGAUAUCUGCGGGUGCGUAACGACCACCGGCAGCUGUUCUGGUAACCUGGCCAAGGUCUGCGUUGGCGACCUCUGCGUAUGCACCCAGGCGGGUACGUCAACCUCGAAUGGCACGGCAUCGUCUGGCGUCUCUGAGGCCUUUUUUGCUGAACCUGAGCGGAACAGCACCCAUAGUGCCGAAAGCGCUCCAAGAGCAACUGCAACGGUUACUCCAGCUGUUGUUCAUCCCACACCAACUCCGUACAUCGCUACGAUGAAUGCGAUGUCGGUGACCCCCACAUCAUCACAGGCCUCAUCGCUCUCUGUAAGCACUCUACCUGUGGCGACCACGGCAACACUACCACCGCCCUUUAGUCCGGUUAUUACAACGAGCACUUCUGGCGGCUCCUUUUUAGACAAUGUGGAACCCGGCGGAGAACGUAACUCGCAUUCAUCCACACUGGGGGCAUUCGCAACAGCGAUGCGUACCACGAUAAGUCCGCCAACUUUUAGCAGUCUAGGGUCAACACCCCGCCCUGGAACAGGUAUCGAUGCUCCAACUACCUCAUCUUCAGGCCCGGAUAGGAUCAUCGAGCAGACAUCCGCUAUCCCUGUCAGCAGCAGUAGCAGCAGAGCCGGGAAUUUGGGCUCAGGCACCAGUGACACAAGCAGUGGUAGCAACAGCGGAACUCCUGGUUCAGGCACCAGUGACACAAGCAGUGGUAGCAACAGCGGAACUCCUGGUUCAGGCACCAGUGACACCGGCAGUGGUAGCAGCAGCAAAACUCCUGGUUCAGGCACCAGUGACACAAGCAGUGGUAGCAACAGCGGAACUUUUGGUUCAGGCACCAGUGACACAAGCAGUGGUAGCAACAGCGGAACUUUUGGUUCAGGCACCAGUGACACCGGUAGUGGUAGCAGCAGCGGAACUUCUGGUUCAGGCACCAGUGGCAGCGGCGGUCUAUCUAGCACGAACAAUGGGAUGAAUAUGACGGCAUUCGGUCGUUGGUUCUAUGUCGUUCCUCGAAUUCAACACGUGCAGAACAUCAUUUGA